AUGGAAGAACACCGUAAGCGACAUGGUCGUCGAAUGGAUUAUGAGGAGAAGAAACGAAAGAGGACAGCAAGAGAAGCGCACAAAGCUUCUGCCGAUGCUCAGAAGAUAUUCGGUCAUAAAGCCAAAUUACACCAUGCUAAGAGACACGCAGAGAAGGUGCAGAUGAAGAAAACUCUUAAAGCUCAUGAUGAGAGGAACGUCAAGCAGAAAGAUGACGGUGCGGUUAAAGAGGGUGCUUUACCUACUUAUCUAUUGGAUCGAGAAGGUCAAAAGGAUGCAAAAGCAUUAUCGACAGCUGUCAAAGAUCGAAGAAAAGAUCGAGCUGCCAAAUACUCUGUACCAUUACCUAAAGUUAGGGGUAUAGCCGAAGAAGAAAUGUUCAAAGUUAUAAAGACUGGUAAACAUAAAGGAAAAAGUUGGAAGAGGAUGGUCAAUAAAGCUACGUUUGUUGGUGAAGGAUUUACGAGAAAACCCGUUAAACUUGAGCGAUUCAUCCGACCUAUGGGUUUACGUAUGACUAAGGCCAAUGUAACGCAUCCCGAGCUCAAAACCACCUUCCAACUCCCCAUCCUCGGCGUUAAGAAGAACCCUCAAUCACCACUGUACACAUCUCUCGGUGUUCUCACCAAGGGUACUAUCCUAGAAGUCAACGUCAGUGAAUUGGGUAUGGUCACCACAGGAGGAAAGGUUGUUUGGUCUAAAUACGCUCAAAUCACCAAUAACCCAGAGAACGACGGAUGCAUCAACUCUGUGCUCCUGGUCUAG